AUGCCGCCCAGAUUACCGUCUCUCCCGGCCUUCACGGCGCCGAGUGCCUUCGUGGCUCGCAUUGCGCGGCCUUUUUCCUCCACCCCCGUCGUCGCCCGGCCCGAAAACCCCAUUUCCAACAUCCUGAACCUCGACGAGAAGCCACAAGUGCACUCGGCCGACCGUAUUCGCGGUCUCAUCAACAGAGGUGGAAAGGCCCGCGCCGAAGGUGCUGCCGCCCGCAAGCGCACCAUGCUCGAGUCUCUCAAGGAGAAGAAGAUUAGCGACGACUACCUCAAACAGAUGCCUCGUCGUUGGCGCACUGGUGAUGUCUACGCGCCCCACGACCUCAGCCCCGUCGAAAUGGAUAAGUGGCGCAAGCCUCGCCGCCCGGAUGUAGAUGUCAUCGAUAUGCUGGGCAUCAACCCCAAGGACCAUUACAGGAACUUCUCCAUGAUCUCCGAGUUCAUGACCCCCUUCGGACACAUCAUGCACUCUAAGGAAACGGGACUGCGAGCGGUCAAUCACAGGAAGAUCACGAAGGCUAUCCGGAGGGCGAUUGGUAUGGGCAUUCACCCCAGUGUGCACCACCACCCUGAGCUGCUGAAGAAGAAGUUCCGCUUGAAUGCGUCGUGGAAGUAG